UACAAACCACAGUGGAAUUUACUGAGUGUACACCUUCACCAGGACUGCAGAGGAGAGCGUUUCUGGAAUAAAUGGCAGAGAGAAACCACACCACGGUGACCGAGUUCAUUUUCAUAGGAUUCACAGAUCAUCCAGAGCUACAGAUCCCCCUCUUUAUGUUGUUCCUAGUGAUGUAUGUGGUCAGCCUGAUGGGGAAUCUUGGGAUGAUAGUGUUAAUCGUGGUUGAAACCCGACUUCAUACCCCCAUGUACUUUUUCCUAAGCCAGAUGUCCAUUGUAGAUAUUGGAUAUUUCACUGCCAUAGCUCCCAGGUUGCUAAUGACCUUUGUAGCAGAGACUAGAACCAUUCCUUUGAUUGAGUGUGCGGCACAACUAUUCUUUGUCUGUUUCUUUGUGACCAACGAAUGUUGCCUCCUGGCUGUGAUUGCGUAUGACCAUUUCAAAGCUAUCUGUAAUCCUCUGCUAUACAGAGCCAUUAUGUCCAAGAGACACUGUGUCCUGUAUGUGGCUGGUACAUAUGUAUGUGGCUCUGUGAAUUCAGUUGUGCAAACUCUAUUUAUAUUCAGUCUGUCCUUCUGCAGUUCCAAUGUUGUCAACCAUUUCUUCUGUGAUGUGCCCCCUAUGCUGAAGCUGUCCUGCUCUGACACCCAUGUCACUGACCUUGUACUUUUCACUUUCUCUACUGUAAUUGGAAUGACUAGUUUCCUGGGUGUCCUAAUCUCCUACAUGUGCAUCCUUGUGGCCAUUCUCAGGCUCCGUUCUGCCAAGGGGAGACACAAAACCUUUUCUACCUGUGCCUCCCACCUGACAGUUGUCACUAUGUUUUAUGAGACACUGAUAUGUAUAUAUUUAAGACCCAGUUCUAGCUACGUGAUGGACCAAGACAAGAUUACCUCUGUGUUUUAUGCCCUUGUGAUCCCCACGUUGAACCCUCUGAUCUACAGCCUGAGAAACAAGGAGGUGUAUGGUGCCUUUAAAAGGAUGAUAUACAGGAAGAAUUUUUUUUGGUAA